AUGGAGCGCGCGCGCGCCGCCGCCGUCGUGUGGCGCGCGUGGGCGACGUGGGCGCGGCGCCGCUACCUGCGCGGGCUGUGGGCGCGGCUGCCGGCGCGCCACCGCUCGCCCGCGUGCGCCGCGUGGCCGCCGGCGGAGCCCGCGCGGCUGCUGGCGCGCACGGACGCGCUGCUGCGGCGGCUGCACCACCGCUGGCGCUGCCUGCUGUACCGGCGCGCGUUCGACCAGACGGCGCGCAACCGCAUGCGCGAGAAGGUGACGGCGAGCGUGCUGUUCCGGGAGCGCAAGGCGACGUACGCGCGCAGCGUGGCGCACCCGUUCGUGGGCGACUACGUGCGGCUGCGCGCGUCGGGCGCGUGGCGGCGCGGGCUGGGCGCGGGCGCGGCGGACCGCUACGUGGUGUUCGCGGACGUGGUGGGCAAGGUGUCGCGCGGCGGCGCGCGGGUGUCGCGCUGCCUGGCGGUGGUGUCGACGGGCGCGCUGCUGCUGCUGGAGGCGCGCUCGCUGCGGCUGAAGCGCCGCGUGCCCGCGCACACGGUGUACCGCCUCUCGCUCUCGCCCUACGCCGACGACCUGCUCGUGGUGCACGUGCGAGCGUGCGGCGCGGCGGAGAGCUCGACGGAGGAGCUGUCGCAGUGCUCGUCGCGCGAGCCGCUGGACGCGCCCGGCUGCCUGUUCGGGAGCGAGGGCGGGUGGCGGCGGCGCGGCGACGUGGUGCUGCGCACGUGCCACGUGCUGGAGCUCGCCACCAAGCUGUUCCUCGUCGUGCAGAACGCGGUGGGCGCGCCGCCGCACGUCAACAUCGCCGCCGAGUUCGAGGCGAACUUCGGGCAGCAGCUGGUGACGGUCGCGUUCCACGCGUCGGGCGGGGGCGUCGGGGGCGUCGGGGGCGCGGGGGGCGGCGUCGGGGGCGCGGGCGGCGCGGGGGAGGCGGGCGCGCGCCUCGUGCGCCGCGGCAGCCGCCUCGACGUGCUGCUGUAG